AUGGCUAAAUCGGCAUGGACUCUGAAAUCUCAAUAUCAGCGGGCCGAAUCCCAAGCCGACCAGACACAGGAAUACGCCGUAGAAACCGCAGAGGCAAUUUGGAUGUCCACCUUGUUCCACUGUUGGGCUGUCACGUGCCCCGUCGCAGAGCCACAUGCUAAGAGAAAACACCAGGGGAUUUUCGAGAAUGGGUCCGAGCCUCGUGCGCCGAUCCAGGUUCCCCCCCGGACCGACGGCUCAUUUGAGAAACGCAACUGGACAUGGGACCUGUGCAACGGCCGUGUUUACCUCUUUGGUCACUCUCGUAGUCGCUUGAUCUCUCCCGUUGUCCCGGAUUAUGAAACACUCAACCGGGACACUGAGCUUGCCAACGGCGCUCCACACGGUGUCUCGAUGUGUGUCAGUCCCAUCUGGGGCAAAAAGGGGGAGGAUAGUCUGCGCAAGGCCGCUAAGUGGGGGGAAAAAUGGAUAUCAUAUACGAAAGUGGAAAUGGUGCAUCAAUAA